CCAAAAACACAAGCACUCUCCUCCUCGGCGGCGGCGGCGUUGCGGUGAAGUGAAGUAACAAGAGUGUGGGAUGUGAAGUACGGGCGGUAGAGAUUCUUACCUCUCUGUCACUUUCCUAACCUCUUCGCUGUUCGUGCCCCACGGAUGUCCCGGUAUCUUUGGAGCCGUACAGCUGGUGCAAUAAUUGAUUACCGGUGAUCUAAUCGCACGUAAACAAUAAUAUGAUGUCGCGGUCUGUGCGCGCGGAGACUCGUAGUCGUGCCAAGGACGACAUUAAACGUGUGAUGCAAGUAGUUGACAAAGUUCGCCAUUGGGAAAAAAAAUGGGUCACAAUAGGUGAAACAACUAUGAAAAUAUAUAAAUGGGUUCCAAUUUCAACACUCGAUCAGAAGAAAAAAGGAAAGAUAGUUUCUGAUAAGGAAAACGGUUUACCAAGGAAAGGAGGAAUAGAAUCAUCAAAUUCUAAUUUCGGACUUACAGAAGAUUCCAAUACAUGUUUCUCCACUGUUAGCGAUUCCCAAGGACUGACAGAUUUCUCGGCACAUUUGGGCUUUUCGGAAGAUUCUAAUUCACAAAACAGCGAACCUGCACCUAAGAGAUUAAAGACUGACUAAUGUUCGAUCUACAAUUACAGCAUCACCGCCCACACCAUAUAGGGAGUUACAUACAUAGGGAUCUAUCUCUUUCGUAAAUUUGCACUUUAUAAUUUUACGUUAAGUCAAACUUUUCAAUAUGGAUGAAUUACAAGAUAAGUUUUUCUUUUCUGUUUCAUCCAAAUUUAGUGAGAUAUAGAUAAUAUAUAAAUAAAUAAAUAUAUAUAUACAUACAUAUACUUAUAACUACAAAUAGUAUCAAUCUUAUGAAACGUUUUAAAUUAUGUAUAAUGGAGUUUAUUUUUUUACAUAUGAAUUUAUUAUAAAUUUUCCCAUUGAAUUUAGAACUAAACUAAAAACAACGAUCGGCUAAUGGAAUAAAAUCGGGCGAACGCUUAAUUCGUUUAUGUAUGUAUGUAUAUUACUUUUAAACACAAUUUUUAAGAAUCACAAGUCAAUCCACUUGUAAACCAAUACAUAUGUAGGAACAGGCACGAAUAUAGUCAUUAAGUUCUAAUUUCCAUACAUUGCAUAAAAGUGACACGUAGUUCUAUGUAGAAGCAGUCAAUUUGUUAGCAUGUCCUGAGUUCCUGAUCCAUAUGUCUUAGUUUAUGAGUUGAUAAAGAAUUAAAGUUUUGAGUAAAAAAAAAAUGAAAUGAUUGUUAUCCGUUUUUCGAGAAUAAUAAAGUGACAUGUAACCCUUGCAAUAUUCUAGGGUAAAGAUUGUAAAAGUGAAUUCGAAAAUUGAAAGAGACUCGAUAAACGGAUUGUAUAUUUGUAGUGAUUGCGUAGUAAUAUUGCAGUAUUAUUUUCUUUCUAAACUAUAUUUUUUCUCGCUAUAACGAUAUAUUGUUGCAUCGGGGAAUAUUUUGCAGAAUGCUCGAAAGGUAUUAUGAGUUUUGCAAUAAGUCAAGUGCUGAAAAAAAAUGCAUACAUACAUAUACAUAUAUUUUACCUUCAGACAAGGUUCACGCUUUUAAUAGUCUUUAAAAAUCAUUGUAUAUAUCUCGAAUAUCAUUUUUUUUCCAUCUAUUGAUACUAUAGAAGAACUUGCAUUCCUCUGUGUUACGUUAUAGCACCGUGACAUGUACAAAAUAAGCUUGGGCUCAAAUACCAAUAAAAUAAUUGAAUGACCUCU